AUGUGGUUUUGUUAUAAUGAGCGACAACUGGUCCACAACGAGCCGCCACCCUCACUGAGGCGGACCAUCAAGAAGCUGCGCAGCGGCUACAUCAACGGCACUCGCGUCGUCUUGGGAAGGCUUGGGGACUUUCUGAGCACCUCGUGCAUCGCCAGCCUCGACUUUUUGGGCAACGCCGAGGACGGCGAGCCGGAAGCCCUGCCGGCCGCAGUCCAGAACUACUUGGAACACGACGUCCGCCAACCGGCGACCAUGCGCUCCGAUUACGUGCGAAGCCACAUAUUCUCGGGUAGCCCACUGGGCGGCACACCACAACGCAGAUCUGUGGUCACGGGUAUCAUUCGGCGUAGCCGCUCCCUCGGCGGGACGGAGUACCCGACACCCGAGAGCGACUACGCCGGUCUGGCGAUGCCGGCGGCGGCUGACGAAGCCAACGUGCCUUCUGCGCUGAUGUCUCGGCGAAGCUCGUUCGAGGAAUUGCUGGUGACGCUUCCGCCGUACAAGAACGUCUCCGAGCUGCACCUGGACCAGGUGGCGGAGCAAGAGCUUCUGGUUACGCUGCGGCAGACCGAUUCGCUCGAGGAACAGGGAGACAUCCUCCACUACCUGGCUAUGCGAAAGGGUCUGUCCUGGGACACCGGCCUCGGCCAGCCGUACUCGACCAUCACCGUGCGCGACCUGUUUCAGGAGUUCUACGAGCACGCGGUGGACGGGCGCAAGUGGGCGCUGGUGCGCCACUUCGCCAGCGCGCUCGGCAAGCGGGUCGAAGACCUGGCCAAAUCCGUCACGGACCUGCUCGUGCGCCAGAAGCAGGUCACGGUAGGCAUGCCUCCGCACAACGAAGAGGUGAUCACGCGGCCCCUGACCACCAAGGAGCUGCUCAAGAUCAUUGCGCGCGCACACAAAGGCGACCAGAGCACGGCCAUGCUUACGCAAGAGCUGCUCGCCUACCUGGCCAUGUUCAUGCGUGAAAGCCCACACCUGUUCUUCGGGAUGCAGCGCCUGCGCGUCGGCCUCAUCAUACAGGUGAUGGUGGGCGAGAUAGCCCGUACGUCCCGCUGUUCCGUUGACGACGCAGCCGACACCCUUCUGGGCCUGAGCCCGUACCAGAUGCAGUCGCUGCUCCUGGACAUCAUCAGCGGCAAGGAGCAUGAGGAAGGUCAGAGCAUACGCGCCACCUCCAUCAGCUCCCCGGGCGUGUUCUCGCCCAGGCGCUCCGAGGCCGACGCGUUUGUGCACAGCGAGGUGGAAGAGCUCCUUUCCGAAACGCAGGGCCUGUGGAUUCGUCGUCGCAGGCUGGACGGCGCUCUAAACCGUGUGCCCGUGGGCUUCUACACGCACGUCUGGUGCAUCCUGGAGCGCUGCCCUAGCGUCUGGGUGCGUGGAUACUGCCUGUCCCAGGCGCUCACCAAGGAGAUGACCACCGGAGAGCUCAAGUUCGCGUUACGCGUCGAGGAGAUGCUCAACAUGGUGCCGGAACCGGAGUACCGGCAGCUGCUGGUCGAGGCUCUCAUGGUCAUCAGCCUGGCGGUCGAGAACGACACGGUGGCCAACUUCAGUAUGCCCAUUGACGUCGAGACCGUCGUGCAGCGCGCCAACGGGCUCUUUCUGGAGGACCAGCGCAGCUGCCAGGGCAACGCGACGCUCUGCUGCACGACGGACACGCGAGCCGGAAUGCCCUGUCAGAGCUCCGCAGGCAUCUGCGAGCAGUUCUACGACUCGGCGCCCAGUGGCAUGUACGGCACCAUGACGUACCUGAUGCGAUCGGUCGCCUUCAUGCUGCCCGACGUUGACAUCUCUCUGGACUGCACGCCCUCGUGAACUUGUAUUUAUAUUGAUUACAUACGUAUUUUUCGCCUUACAAUUCUGUAUUUACAAAUGCGGCCGACGAACUGGCGCCGGAAAGUGCAGCUGUGGUCUACCCCUGGCAACACGAAGGAUUACGUCGUCACUCCCAGGAAAUGAC